AAGUCUCUCUCUCUCCAACUUCCCUUUAUCCUCUUUGUCUCUUUCUUACAAUUAUUAUCUAAUCUAGGAAAAAUUUUCGGGUCUUCUUUCUUUUGUAUUUCUAUUUGGGGGUUCUGGGGUUUCAUGGGAUUUUAAAUUUUUUUAAUUUCUUUAUAGUCCGUACAAUUGCCGGCGACCCAAUUGAAGGUUUUCCUGGCAGACCCAGAUCGGAUCCAGUCCGGCGGUGCUCCGUUGGGGCUGCAUUGUGGUAUUCGUUGUUCUUGAGAUGAACUCGGAUGGUAAAAAGUUGCAUUUCUAGGUUUGGUUUCAUGGGGAUUUGUUUUAGUAUUGAAGAACAGGAAAAACUACAUCAGAAGCAACAGAAACAACGAGGAGGGAAGCAACGAUUAUCAUCCUCAUCAUUCAUGACGAGUUCAACAGGACAGGAAUCUCCCCAAAUUCUGGGUAAACCAAGUAAUCCGGAGUCCUUUCAGAACCGACGUCCAAUCAGAACUCCAUUGGUUCCCAAGAAUGUCACAGACCUGCGCCAAAACCCUGGGUAUAGUAAUGUCAAUAACUUUACAUAUGAGGAGAUGACGUUAGCCACAAAGCGUUUCCGGCCAGACUAUAUUCUUGGUGAGGGUGGGUUUGGAGUUGUUUAUAAGGGAGUCAUUGAUGAGAGCGUGAGGCCUGGCUACAAGAAGACGAAUGUUGCAAUCAAGGUGCUUGAUCCUGAUGGAUUCCAAGGUGACCGAGAAUGGCUGGCAGAGGUCAACUAUUUAGGGCAGCUUAGUCACCCAAAUCUUGUGAAGCUAAUUGGGUACUGCUGUGAUGAUGACCACAGGUUGUUGGUUUAUGAAUACAUGGCUGGUGGAAACCUAGAAAAACACCUUUUCCGCAGAGUGGGUUGUCCUUUAACUUGGUCAAAAAGAAUGAGGAUUGCUCUGGAUACAGCAAAAGGGCUUGCUUGCCUUCAUGGUGCAGAAAGACCUAUCAUCUAUCGUGAUUUCAAGACGUCAAACAUCUUACUGGAUGAGGAUUUUAAUGCCAAGCUUUCAGAUUUCGGGCUUGCAAAGGAUGGGCCUAUGGGAGACCAGACCCAUGUGUCAACACGAGUGAUGGGCACGUAUGGAUAUGCUGCUCCUGAAUAUGUUAUGACUGGGCACUUAACAGCGCGAAGUGAUGUUUAUGGUUUCGGGGUGGUGUUACUUGAGAUGCUCCUCGGAAAAAGUGCAUUGGACAAGAGCAGACCUAGCAGAGAGCACAACCUGGUCGAGUGGGCACGUCCACUUUUGAACCAUAAUAAGAAACUUCUUAGAAUCUUAGACCCUAGAAUGGAUGGGCAGUACUCUUCCAGAACUGCAAUGAAGGUGGCGAAUUUGGCGUACCAGUGCCUUAGCCAAAACCCAAAAGGGAGACCUCUUAUGAACCAGGUGGUUGAAUUACUCGAGACUUUGCAGACAAAGGAAGAAGAUGCAGUGCUUCAGACUGGAGUACCAGUGACCCUGUACGAAGAUCCGAAGCAUUCUCCUCAUGGCUCUGAAAAGAUGAGAAGAAAGACGAAGCCGGCAAACGAAAGGAGCAAGAGUGAGCCUCCAUCUGAACUUGACCUCUGUAGCCUGCCUAACGAUUUUGACUCUGCUAUGAAAUCAGAAUCUAGCAGAAGGUAAACACUUUUUGUUCCAGAAAUGGAUGGGAAGCUGAAUAGGCUUAUAAAAACUAUUUCUUCUCCCUUCGUACUAAGUGGAGUUUGAAUUUUCUUUUAUUAUUAUUGUUAAUUAUCCUACAAUGAGCUUAUUUUGUACAAUUUUGUAUACUCUAUAAAUUAAAAUUAAGUGAGCUUCAUUUA